AUGCCAACCAGUGCUCCCAGUGCAAGAAUCAUGCUUGCAGACGGCAGAGCUGAAAAGAUCCCAGACUACGAACCCAACAUCCCUGAACCGACAUGCAGAGCUGAUCUUCUGAAAUACUGGAUCAACCUUUCCCUGGAUGAAAAGACAGCCAAUAAGAUGCUAUGGAUCACAGAUAGCGGAUCCAAGGUGUCACGCAUGACUGAUGAUGUCACGUGUCCUGUCCUGGAUAGACCAGAGAGAUAUGAGCAUGUUCCUCAGGUGCUUUGCAAAGAAGGCAUUUUGGGCUUCCGAGCUUACUGGGAAAUAAAAUAUUCAGGAUGGGUGGUCGUCGGAGUCACCAAUGAAGGGGCAGGAAGAAGGGGAAGCGACGGACCCUGCGGGCUGGGAGAAAAUGAACAGUCCUGGGCUCUUGGUUGGGGUGGAUCCCACUACCAGCUGUGGUUCAAUGGUAUUAACACUGAAAUCCGGGAUAUUCCUCAAUACACCACCAUUGGAGUGUAUCUUGACCAUCCAGCUGGUGUCAUCAAUUUUUAUGCAAUUGAAGAAGUGAAGGAGGAAGAGGAGGGCGAAUACAUGAAGAAGAUCCGACUGCUUCAGCAAUUUAAGAGCUCCUUCGAGGAGAAAAUGAUGCCGGGUUUCUGGGUGGGACAGAAGUCAUCAUGCGUGUUACUUACGCAAGAGGAGUAA